CCACCUUUCUUGAAUAAAUAGAGAUAGGCACCAGAUCGUUAACUAAAGAAAAACAGUAGACAUGGUAGAGAAAACUAACUUCUAGAAUCUUCAAAUUAUAUCAAACCCGAACAUAUUUUGCCUUUAUUAAUCCAUUCAUUUUGUAGAAAUGACUAGAAAAGAGUAGUAUUGACACAGAAAAUAUGAUAUCAGCAUUUUGUUGGGGGAGUGCUGACCAUGGUCAACUUUUUACAGAAAAUGAUGAACCCAUCUUGUCACCAAAGGAAGUAAAGCUGAACAUAGACCAAGAGGUCAAAGACGUUGUUGAAAUCAGUUGUAGUGAAGGCCAUACUCUUAUAGUUACUUCUGAUGGGUCAUGUUAUGCUUGUGGUUGUAAUGACUAUGGUCAAAUUGGACAUGAUAGUGCAAAAAAACUUGGAAAAGUAUCAUCUUUGAAUAAUCAAAGAGUGAUGAGUGUAGUAGCAGGAUCACAACACAGUUUGGCAUUGACUGAAGCUGGUGAAGUAUUUAGCUGGGGUGAUAACAGUUGUGGUCAGUUAGGAAGAGGGCAAGUAGAUGAAAACCAAGCUAAGCAACCUAAAGUAAUAAAGACAUUGGUUACAUAUCAUAUCAUACAGAUUUGUUCUGGCAACAAUCAUUCUCUAGCCUUAAGUAAUGAUGGUAUUGUUUUUUCUUGGGGAGCAAAUAAUUAUGGCCAGUUGGGAACAGGUAGUUCUUCACAACACAUGGAUAUACCCCAACCGUUGCUUAGUAUACGAGGGAUACCAGUAUCACAGAUUAUAGCUGGGGGAAAUCAUUGUUUCAUUUUGUCUAUGUCUGGUGCUUUGUUUGGAUGGGGAAGAAAUAGCUUUGGACAGCUUGGUGUGAAUGAUGAAAAUGAUCGUAAUCAUCCAACCCAGUGUAAAUCUUUACGACAGCAGAGAACAGUGUUUGUUUCCUGUGGGGAAGAUCACACAUGCACAUUAACACAGGAGGGAGGAGUUUUUACCUUUGGCUGUGGUAGUCAUGGUCAGUUAGGGCAUGAUAAUACAAACAAUGAGAUCCUCCCACGAAGAGUUAUGGAUAUGAUGGGAACAGUUGUUACACAGAUAGCUUGUGGCAGACGUCAUACACUAACAUAUGUACCAGAGACAGGAAAAAUUUACUCAUUUGGAUCUGGUUCCUGUGGACAAUUAGGUUUAGGAAACACAGAUAAGAAAACCAGUCCAGUUUUUGUGCCUUGUCCUUUCAUGUCUUCUAUAAAUAGCAAAUCACCAAGAGCUAUGGAAAUAGAUGGCACAUCUCAUAUUGUCAGCAGAAUCUUCUCUGGUGGAAACAAAUGUAUUGUGCUAGCAAAUAAAAUUAAUUCUCAGCCAGCAAGUCAAAAGCCUAUAGAUUUCCGAGAAGAUGGGAUGUCAAGAAGUAUUCUUUGUUUGUCAGACAAACUUACUGAAAAAGUUGGAUCAUUAAAUGCAAAAGACAAUAUUCCUCAUGAAGUAGAAGUGGAAAUGGAGAAGAUUUUUUCAGCUGCCGCUUGUUUGAAUGCUUCAUUUCUAUUACCAAAUCAUGAACAUUUUACCACCUCACCAAAAAAACAUGGGUUGGAUAUGGAUCAAGUCAGAGACACCUUUGGAAAACUUGCUCAUAUUUCAAACGUACCUACAAUUCAAAAGAUAACAAACUGUUUAGAGUGUUAUUUAUUGCCGUCCUUACCUCAGUCUCCACCUGAUGUAGAAGCUCUAAGGCUGUAUCUUAUUUUACCAGAGUAUCAUAUGUUUGAGGAGCCAAAAAAGUUUAGUACACUUAUAGGACCUUUUGCAAACAGUAUAUUAAAUUUGGACAAACCAGGAUCAAAAGUGCUAGAUUAUUGGUGGGGAAGUUUAAAACCCAGAUAUUUUAGCAGAAUUUUAAGUUUGUAUAAACAGACUGUGAUAUACCUACUUCAGUUACCCCAGUCACAGAUUCAAACAGAGCUGUUUUCCAGGAAUAUUCAUAUUAAAUUUUCUCUAGAGAUAAUGAAGAAACUGAACAAAGUGAAUGAAAUAAAUGGCCAAAUUAUUCCAUAUAAUCAUUUCUACAUUCCUGAACUGAGGGACAAAGUGGACAUUAGGGCUGAUUAUGUUAACUGGGUACAACAGUCAAAACUGAUAAACUCUCCACCUAUGCACUUCUGUGAUUACCCAUUUGUGUUUGAUGGGCCUGCUAAAUCAAUGCUGCUUCAGACAGAUGCUUUUAUGCAAAUGAGGACUGCCUUGGAAGAGGCUCAACGACGAAACUUCCAGAGUUUGUUUUUACAAAAUAUUGACCCAGUUAGCCCUUUGCUCAUGCUACAUGUGACUAGAGAAAACAUUGUUCAAGAUACAAUACAGCAGUUGGCACACAAAGGCAGCGGGGAUCUCAAGAAACCCCUAAAGGUGGUGUUUAUAGGUGAGGAGGCAAUAGAUGAAGGUGGACUCACUAAGGAGUUUUUUCUUCUUUUAUUGAGAGAAAUUUUGGAUCCUAAAUAUGGAAUGUUUAAAUUUUAUGAAGAAUCGAGAGUGGAUUGGUUUAACUCAGAUUCAUUUGAAGAACCAGUGAUGUUUUAUCUGAUUGGGUGUCUUUGUGGAUUAGCAAUAUACAACUCAACCAUUAUUGUGUUGAACUUUCCCUUGGCAUUAUACAAGAAAUUACUGAAGAGGUCACCAGAUGUCGAAGAUUUAAAAGAAGUUAUGCCACAAUUAGGAAGAGGUUUACAGCAGAUGAUGGAUUAUGAGGAAGAUGACUUUGAAGAUGUGUUCUGUCAAACUUUUGAGAUAUCUGUAGAAAGUUUUGGUGAAAUCAAAAAUGUAGAAUUAUGUAAAGGUGGAUCUAAAAAAACAGUAACCAAAAGUAAUAGAAAAGAAUACUUAGAUUUGUACAUCAGUUACAUUUUUAAUGAAUCAAUAGAAAAACAGUAUACUGCAUUUAGUGAUGGUUUCCUUAAGGUCUGUGAUAGCAAAGUUCUGGAAUUAUUUCAUCCAUUAGAACUACAAUCGAUGGUCAUAGGCAAUGAAAAUUAUGACUUCCAUAUAUUAGAAAAGAAUACAGAAUAUAAAGGCGAGUACCAUAGAUAUCAUCCAACAAUCAAAAUUUUCUGGGAUGUCUUCCAUGAUCUUUCAAUAGAACAGAAGAAAAAGUUUUUAUUAUUUUUGACAGGAAGUGACAGAAUCCCUAUUUUAGGAAUGGAAACAAUAAAAGUGAUAAUACAGCCAACUCAAGGUGGAGAAAGAUAUCUUCCAGUGGCUCAUACCUGUUUUAAUAUUCUAGAUCUCCCGACCUAUGAAGAUAAACAAUCCCUGAAAGACAAGUUGAUACUGGCAAUAGAACAUACACAAGGCUUUGGCAUCGUAUAACAUCUGCUGAAUAUCUGUUGUAUUUUUUCUAUACGAUUGUGACUAAUGUAGAUGAAAGUUUUUCUGUUGUAUUUUAGUGAUCCAAAGUUUUUAUGAAAUACCUUUUAGUUUUUAAAAUGAUUUUUUUCAUGCUUGAUUUAUAAGUAUAGAAAAUCUUGAUUCUUAAAAUAUUGCAUAGUAUAUUUAGAGUUUUUGAUUGGUUUGUCUCAGAUUACUUGAUAAUAGAAAUGUAUUGAAUUCGGUUUUCAUGUCAAACAAAAGACAUUCAAUUACCACCAUUUCUGUAGAGUCACAGAAGUCAAAUUAAUGAAAAAAUAUUUUUCCAGAUUUUUUUUAUUUUGCAAAUUAAUUGAAAGGACUUUUAUAUGUCUUAUUAGAUAAUACAAAAUAUAAAACAUCCACCUUCUAUCUGGGGAACACUUUUUGUGCUUGUAAUUUGACAUAUUACUUUUCAUUUUACAAGUUAUUUUACUACAGUACUAAUUUAUAAAUAGAAUAUAUAGUAAAGUACAAAUGUAUUUCUAAAUAUUAAAAUAUACAUUUUAAGCUCA